AUGGCGUCUACGGCCAGUAUAUCUCCCGGCUUGCUGGCGGCGCUGAAGCAGCCCAGUCGAUCUGAGCCCGCGGUGGCGGACCAAGUCAUGGCCAACGCAACGCCUGUGGACAUCGCACGUACCGAGUCAAGUGGCUCAGCAUCCUCACAUGCCAGCCCGGAAGCGCGGUGGAUCGAGUCUGCCAAAGAGGUGCCGCCCCUCACGCCGAUCUUGACGGAGGCAGCGAAGCCCACGCCCACAGCCGCACAGCGCCAACUGCUGCGUACGCUGGAGCAGGCCGCUCAGCUGUGUGCGGAGGACGCCGAGGAUGUCCAACACACAUGGACGGACGCCAGCAAGGCGCGGCGUCAUGUGUACUUUGACGAGCGCCGCAUUCAUCGGCAGAACUCGCAACGACAAUGGCACUAUGAGACACGCAAAGUCAAGCGAAGCAAUCCCUGCGGUGUGCAUACCAACAAACGCCAGGCCAUGGACGACUUGAUGCAGCGCUUGCAGGAGCAGAUUGAAGAGGCGAGCAUCCUACUUCGCCCGCAGCAGUGGGGCGAGCCUGUGCCGGUCCAUGAACCGCUGCCCUAUGAAGCCCGGAAUACGCAAACGCACCCGAUCCUUGACGAGCGCUCUGCAGGGAUUGUACGGCCGUUGCAACUCUCGCUGCACUUUACAUGGGAGGUGCAUGGCCCGCCGUACAUGAUGAGAUUCGUCCCUGCGUGGCCCUUUACGCGUCUCGCACACCCCCAUCUCGUGGUGGCGUCGAGCGACCUUGGAACGACACUGCUUUCAUGGCCUAGCUGGCUGGCGCCAUGGCUCGAGCAGCAUCCCACGCGGUUCUUCCAACGGCCGCUAAUGACACUCACACUCCCGACGUUUCUCCUAUGGCGCCUCGAUACGCUGAUCAUACGCAUUCUGGAAUGGGUGUUGGUAUGCCAACACUUUUUUCUGUACUGUAUCUUGGCCCUAGCGCAUACUACGGCGACCACAGCGCAACGUCUGGGUCUCUAA